UAGCUUCAUUUUCUAUCACCUCAAAACGAAAUCGUUCUCUGCAUAUCAGCCAUGCUCGAGGGCAAAGCAGUCAUUGGAGACACUGAUAUGCUUCAGACCAUGCAGCAAGAUGCUCUUGAUCAAGCUGCUAAAGCCCUCGAUUUCUUCGACGUCACCGAGGCUACCGGGAUAGCACAAUUCGUAAAGAAGGAAUUUGACAGAACAUAUGGAGGUGGGUGGCAAUGCAUCGUGGGAACUGAUUUUGGUUCAUUCGUGACACACAGCUCCGGCUGUUUCAUUUAUUUUUGCGUCGGCAAUCUUGCCAUUUUGCUUUUCAAGGGUUCCUCUGUUGCAACGUCACUGAUUGAUGGAGAAUCAAAGCCGAAGCAUGUGCUCCAUUUAGAAAUAAAGGGAAAUCAAUAUCGUCCAACCAAAAUUCCUUUGACAUCAGUGAGGCCUUUUGAAUAUACGGAGGUUGUGCUGAAGGACGAACCUGAUAUUGACCCGAAUGAUCAAAACUCAAUUCUUGAACAUUUGGACAAAGUGGCAAGUGUCUUUCUUGCAUGGGAUAACGGUUUUGGACUUUUUUGAGUUCCUGCAUUUUCU